CCCCAACAGAGCAGAAAGCGUGAAAAAUCUCACUAAUGGGUUUAUUUGCUGUCAGAUCUGCGCCGAUCUGUCAUACCCUUGGACCAUUCUGCUUGACACAUUUCAUAGUUGAGUAAGCCUCCUGGCUUUCUGGCUAGAGUUAGCAGUGCCCCUGCAACGUUGUGCUGGCUGAGAGCUCAUCAAGAGGGGAGCAACAGCGGCAGCAAUCAGUCUCUUGGACAGGGAGUCCCUGAAGCUGCAUUCCUCCACUCUCCUUCCACCCGUUGGGACUUUGUGUUUGUGAGCCUUGUGGGCAUCUUCAAGCUUCUGACUAAUCACACGGCGGUUCCUCCCCAGAAGAUUCAGGUUGUUUCUGCAAGGAUCCUGGUGCUGAUAGAAAGAGUGUGAAGAUGUGGUGUGGGGCCGGGCCUCUGGCUGUGGUGGCUGCAGUUUUUUGGACUCAGUGUGUCCUUCUGGAUGGGGUGGAUGCCAAGAAGGAGAAAAAGAGGCCAAAGGAAGCCACCCCACAGCACACAGAGACGUACAACGCUACUCUAUCCAACAGUGAGGAGGUCGGUGGAAGCAUCAAGCAGAUUUCUGAUCAUCAGAGAGUAGAUCCACUAGGAUCAUGGAUGGACUUUGUCAAAAGACCUGUUGGCAACUUCCCUGGAAAGUGUCGCAAACGGAAACGACCCCUGCCGGGCCCACCUGGUCCACCAGGUCCUCCAGGCCCACAGGGACCCCCUGGCUCUCCUGGGGCUGAAGUGACCCAGGAAGUUCUUCUCCAGGAAUUCAAAGAUAUGAUUAAAGAGGCUACAGAGAGGAGAGCAGCAGCAUUGGACAGACAAACCAGCCCCAGCCAGCUACCUAUGGCUCUCCUCACCCUGGAGGGGAUGACCUCUUACCGACGAAUAGAGGAGGCUUUCCAUUGCAAGCUCAAGGGACCCGUGCUGGUCGACAAGAAGACUCUGGUGGAGCUCCAAAAUUUUCAGACACCGCCGGCUAAAGGAGCCUUCCUCAGAGGGUCUGGAAUGGACCAGUCAACCGGGAGAUUCACAGCUCCCAUCACAGGGAUCUACCAGUUCUCUGCUAAUGUCCACAUCGAUCACAAUGAGGUGAAGAGGAGCAAGAGUCAGCUCAAGGCCAGGGACAACGUUCGUGUGCUGAUCUGCAUUGAAUCACUCUGCCACAGAUACACUUCACUGGAAAUGAUUGUUGGAUUAGAAAGUAACAGCAAGAUCUUCACUGUCAGUGUACAGGGGCUGCUGGAACUACAGGCUGGACAGUACACCUCCAUAUUUGUGGAUAAUGCAGCCGGCGCCUCCAUAACAAUACAGAACGGCUCUGAUUUUAUGGGCAUGCUGCUUGGUGUAUAGCCUCACACGUGAACAAGGCAUCAUCCAAGCCAUCCACUAUUAUUUUUCUCAAUGGACUGCUAAUGAGCACCACCACACAACCACGGGGGAGGUUUGAAGGAAGGAAGUAAGGCUUAUAUGGACUUGACUGCUCGUCAGAUAGUGAAAGGACAGUGUGAAGAACUCUAGGACUGAGUUUGUUUUUCACAGUGCGCUGCCACUUCCCGGAGGAACUUGGAUGCCUGUCGCUUCACCAAUAGAAUAACCUGAAAAUAAAGCAGUAUGUGAAUAUGUCUAUUACAGUAUAUUGUCAUGGUUGUUGAAGACCUUUGCGCUAAACCAAAUAUCAAUGUUUUUUAUGUUCUCUGUAGAUGUUGGAAGAGCUAGGGAACAUGAAACAGUGUAUUUUUGUGUUUAAUGUAUACUGACAUGUUGAUGCUUUUGUUGUGUACACACUCAUGAACUUUAGUUAUUUUUCUCAAGGAUUUAAUCUCACAUUUAUAUAUGUUAUAUGGUACAUAGACUCUGUGAGUACACUGGACAAUGGACAAUAGACAGAAUAUGGCCUCACAUGAUGUUGGAAAAGUGAUGUUCCAUAUAUGUAAAAAUUACACAUUUUGUAACAUAACUGUUAUUAGCAUUUUUAGCUAUGCUAGCAGCAUGGCUCUAUAGGGAUGUCAGUGUUGGCCUGUCGGUCCACUUACUUUGGUGUAAACAGAAAUAUCUCAGUAACUACAAUUUUAGCAUGCUAACACUCUAAACUCAGAUGGUGAACAUGGUAAACAUUACCUGCUAAAGAUACGCAUGUUAGCAUUGUGAGUGUUAGCAUGAUGACAUUAGCAUUUAGCUCAAAGCACUGCUGUACCUGAGUACAGCGUCAAUGAGCUGCUAGCAUGGCUAUAGACUUUUAAGGUGUGUUCAGAAAAUGGAUGUAUUAUAAGAAUUGGAUACCAAACUCAAAGAUGUUCAGUCGAAUGAGAAUGAGCCCGCCCGCAAGUUCCCGCUUAGCCCAUAGACUUUACAUGGGAUGACAUCACAGAUUUUAAAAUCGCUUUUCUAGGCUUGAGGACAGUUUUACAAAUAUAAAACCUUCAUAGAUUAAAAAUUCAUAAUAGAAAGAGUGAGAGUUUACCUUAUUUGCAGUUCCAGGUGAAAGAGAACAGUCUCUUUCAUAAUGGCCGCAGGGGAUUUUUUUUUCUGCAAUACCGCGAGUAGCCACUGGGACAAAUUGGCAGCAAGGCUGAGCAGCAGCGUCAUAUCCCGUUCUUGUUAUACAUCCAUUAUUCAGACAGAACGCAAAGUGAAGAGUUUGACCACUGCAUCAUUUGUAUUUAUUCACCCUUAACAGUCAAAAUACCAACUGUAUGUUGCUAUAAGCUAGCUAGCAACGGAGUGUGCCUUAGUGUUUGUGUUCAGUUCAGCCUCUGACUGAACUCACCAGAUACUCCGGUUCUUUCUGUUAUUUCCCUCUAGUCUCUCCUUUUUCCCUCUCGUCUCUGUAUGUUUAUGAAGCAGAUAGAUAGAUCAUAAAGCCCCGUGAUACACACACAUUUUUCAUACAAGUUGGAACAUUUUCAACUCACGCUGACAUAUAUUUGCAUCCAUUUGUGCUGUCCUGGGUGAAUUUAUGUCUAGUCACGUCUUUGCAUUGACUUUGUAUGUAAUCGCACCACGUCUAAAAUUUGCUUUGUGUUCUGUCUGAACAUCCAGUUAGUCUCGUUUAAACGUGUCAAACAAAUCCAGAUACACCUUUUGACUGUAAGAGAAGACUCCUUUUUACAGGCCCAUUUGUGUUCUCAUUUAUCACUUGUUUAUUUUCACUGUAUUUUAUUCUUUUCUUUGCAUAUAGAUAUUUGUAAUUUAUCAUAAGUGAUACACCAGUAACAUUGGGAAGCAUUGAAAUUUGAUAUGGUAUUUAUGUUUGAGAAAAUGUAUCAAUCGUGUUGAUUUACAGUCUCGUGGACUGUUGAAACCACAGAUUACUGCAAGAAUAAAGUUAUAUCUUUUUACUAUUUUUUUAUUACUCAUAAUAUGCUGUAAUUUGAAAUUAAACUCUUUAAAAUCUU